AUGUCCUCUCUCGACGAGACAUCCACAAAGAUCUUGGUCCUCGGCGACUCAUGUGUUGGCAAAACGUCCCUUUGUCAUUGUAUUGCCAGCCAACCGGGCCGAAACUUCGACUCGACAAUCGGUGCUACAGUAAUCAUGGCGUGGCACGACUAUCGCGCUGGCACACCGGAGCAACGUUCAGAGCUUCUAGAGUUGUGGGAUGUUGGAGGAAUGGUGGCGCAUCGACAGGCGGCUCAGGUGUUUUUCGAGGGCGCCGUUGGCGCGAUUCUCGUGCACGAUUUGACGAAUCGCAGGAGUGAGGAGAACCUUGCCACGUGGCUCACAAUGCUCGACGGCAAACCCCGAGCCCCAACGUCUAGCAAAGAUCCAGCGGCAGUCGCUCUAAAGGUGGACAUUGAAAGUUGCAACAUUCCAGUUCUUAUCGUUGGUACCAAAGCAGAUCUUGUCCCUCAUAAAGGUCCAGUUAGCUAUGAUAGACUUCAUAUUGACUCGUUAAAGACCAUAAUCCGUAGCUCUGCCAACUCGAUCACCCUCGCUCGCUUCUUCGACUCCUGCCUGGAUCGCACUCGUCGUACUACAUCUCUCAACUCGUCAUUCUUCGCCAAACCCCGUACGAUCACCCCGAACACAUCGAUGGUGUCCUCUCCCCCUUCAACGUCUUCUGGAACAACGCCAUCUGGAGCGUCUUCUGCAAAUGUGACGAAUCGGACGAUGAGCCCGUUUACUACUAUUCCUAUGGGAUCUUGA